AUGAACUCGAGUGUCCCAUGGCGGGAAUCCCGCUGGCCAGCUCCAGCACCCUCUGCUGCGCCUGUCCCUUUUCCAACUGCGACCCCUGCCUGUAUCCCAGUACAAGCACGCCGUAGUCUGGCACAUAACAAAGCAACCCAGCCUGCCACAAAUGGAUACCCUCCCCAACCCGCCAUGCCAUCUACCGAGUCGGAUCCGCGACCUCGAAUGGAGUUUCCACCGGCUGUCCGCAGCUACGUACAACGGUGUUUUGCCCCCGAGAACCAGGUCGCCAGCGUCGACACCAAGGAGAUGCAAGAAAAACUCCGCUUUGUCAUCACCGACGCCGCUGAAAACCACAAACUGGAGAUGAUAGACUGGGAGCGUCUCGCUCUGCCGCAAGUCAUGAUCCAGAAUGAACGCAAUAAGAUCCUGGCCAACCCGAGUGUCUCCCACUGGGGCAUGUCCAGUCAACCAUCCUCCCCAGGGGAUGCUUCGCGCAAGCGAAAGUCGACCGAUAUCCAUCAAACCGAGAACUCCCCACCAUGGAGAAAAGCUAACAAUAAUCGCAAUCGUUUUGAAGACAGAGUCACUCACCCUUCCACAGAGAAGCGCCCCCGCAUGACCACAGAUGACUCGAGACCCGUGAUUGGCCGAUGCCAGAAAUUGGAGAAGAACUACUUCCGCUUAACAUCUGCCCCGAACCCGGAUACUGUUCGCCCACUGCCCGUUCUCCGAAAGGCCUUGGAUCUUCUAAAGAAGAAAUGGAAGCAAGAGAGCAACUACACCUACAUCUGUGAUCAGUUCAAAUCCCUUCGCCAGGAUCUGACGGUCCAGCACAUCCGGACCGACUUCACAGUGACCGUAUAUGAGAUUCACGCACGUAUCGCCUUGGAGAAAGGGGAUCUUGGUGAGUAUAAUCAGUGCCAGACCCAACUCCGGGUACUUUACGCGCAAUCGCUAGGCGGGAAUCCGACGGAGUUCAAGGCGUAUCGUAUUCUCUAUUUCAUUUACACCCGCAACUGGACGGCCAUGAACGAUGCUCUAGCCGACGUGACUGCUGCAGACAAGAAGAACGAGGCUGUUAAGCACGCCCUCGAUGUGCGCUCCGCGUUGGCACUCGGCAACUACCAUCGCUUCUUCCAGUUGUACCUGGAGACGCCCAACAUGGGUGCCUAUCUCAUGGACAUGUUUGUCGACCGCGAGCGCUUGUCUGCCCUGGCCGCCAUGUGCAAAGCGUACAAACCCGAUGUGAACAUCCGUUUCAUUACGGAGGAACUCGGCUUCGAGUCGGAUGAGCAGACAGCCCGUUUCGUCUUGGAACAUGCCCCGGCAGAACUCCUCGAAGAGCGAAACGGGUCCGUCAGACUCUUGACCGGCAAGGCCGGGCUCGUCUUCGAACAAGCCAAAUCCGAAGCGCACCGCGUCGUCGACAUCAAAGGACAAAUCUAA